GAGGGGCGGCGGCGGCGGCGGCGAUAUGGAGCCGGGGGUCGGCAGCCGAGGCACUGCUCGCGGUCAGGGGGUCGGGCCACCGAGCAGUCCACCGCCCCAGGAGCAGGAGCGGAAGCUGGAGCAGGAGAAGCUCUCCGGAGUGGUGAAGAACGUCCACCGGCGGCUCCGCAAGAAGUACCGGGAAGUGGGAGACUUUGAUAAGAUCUGGCGAGAACAUUGUGAGGACGAGGAAACACUUUGUGAAUAUGCUGUUGCCAUGAAGAAUUUGGCAGAUAAUCACUGGGCAAAAACUUGUGAGGGCGAAGGUCGUAUUGAAUGGUGUUGUAGUGUAUGCAGAGAAUAUUUUCAAAACGGUGGGAAGAGAAAAGCACUUGAGAAAGAUGAAAAAAGAGCUGUACUCGCCACUAAGACCACUUCAGCCUUAAAUACGCAUGAGUCUUCUAAACUUGAAGGUCAUUUAACCAACCUCAGCUUUACAAACCCUGAAUUUAUAACUGAGUUGCUACAAGCCUCAGGAAAGAUCAGAUUACUUGAUGUUGGCAGCUGCUUCAACCCAUUUCUGAAGUUUGAAGAAUUUCUAACUGUUGGCAUAGAUAUUGUACCUGCUGUAGAGAGUGUAUAUAAAUGUGACUUCCUGAACUUACAGCUUCAGCAACCACUCCAGCUUGCUCAAGAUGCUAUAGAUGCCUUUUUGAAGCAGCUGAAAAACCCUAUUGAUGCUCUUCCUGGAGAGCUUUUCCACGUGGUUGUUUUCUCUCUCCUCCUGUCUUAUUUUCCAUCACCUUACCAGCGAUGGAUUUGCUGCAAGAAAGCUCAUGAACUGUUAGUGUUGAAUGGUUUAUUGCUUAUCAUCACACCUGAUUCCUCCCAUCAGAACCGCCAUGCUAUGAUGAUGAAAAGCUGGAAGAUUGCUAUAGAGUCCCUGGGCUUUAAACGUUUCAAAUAUUCAAAAUUUUCACAUAUGCAUCUGAUGGCAUUUAGGAAAAUCUCCCUAAAAACCACAAGUGACUUGGUUAGUAGGAACUACCCAGGAAUGUUAUAUAUCCCUCAGGAUUUCAACAGUAUAGAAGAUGAGGAAUAUUCUAACCCUUCCUGCUAUGUUCGAUCCGAUAUGGAAGAUGAACAGCUAGCAUACGGUUUUGCAGAGCUCCCUGAUGCUCCAUAUGACUCAGAUUCUGGAGAAAGCCAAGCCAGCUCUAUUCCUUUCUAUGAGCUAGAGGAUCCCAUAUUACUUUUAAGUUAAUAUAAAAGCAAAGACCCUUUAAGUCCGGAUUCCUAAACUAAUUGCUUACACUAAUUGGAAAUAUUACUAUGAGCUCAGUACUUAAAAUCUGGUUUGCAUAGAAGAAUUGCAAAGGUUUACAGAGUUUGCUAUUUUUUUCUACGUCUCAAUUUUAAAAUUUAUUCUUAUAUAGAAAGCUUAAAGUUAACAUGCAGUGACUCCUGUCAUAGCAAAAACCACUGAUACUUUAGCAUUUAGCACUUAAGAUAUCAUAGAAAGUUACCUUGUUCUCUUCAGUGCUAUCGUGAAAAAUGAAGCAUAAUUCGCUCUGUAUUUUCCUUCUCUUCAGAUUUUCUAUGUUGACAUUAAACCAUUGCAGUGGGAAAGUUUAAGAUGUGUAGAAAGCUGUAGGUUGCACUUUGAUGACUCACAAGUUAAAUGUGACACAGAUUGCUUUAGCUUGGUGAUGCACUUAACUUUUUUUUUUUUCUAACUAAAUUGUUGUCAGCAGCAGAAAGCCAUUUUCUGUCCAGUUUUGUCUGAUGAUCCAGUAUUUCCUGAACUUUCUGGAACUGGUGAUAAUUCUAUUUAUCCUUCUUUCUUCCAUUAAAAUCUCAUUUGACAGCGUCAGACAUUGGGAGAGAGGUUCCCCCCAAAUUAUGUAUUAUAGUUUCAUUAGCACAGUAUAAUAAACACCAUUGCCAAAGUAGUAUUUUGGACCUUGGUGUUAAGUAUAUUUAUCUGUGAAAGUUCACAUCUACCUGUUUUUAGUUUAGGUUUCAUUUACGAAAUUUUCUAUAUAAGCAAGGAACAGUAUAGUACUCGAUGCUGACCUAAAACACCUCUGUGAAAGGGUUUGCACUUGUAAGAGAGCUUCUGUUCUAACUACCAUAUUUUCACAUACAUAACGCACGCCUUCUACAUUUUUUUGCCAACCACACUCCCCCCACCACCUGGUGGAGCAUUUUCAUAAGCACUGCUAUGUCAAUUUUUUUUUACAUGUUGCUGUGAAAAAAAAAUUAGCAUAGAGGAGCUUAUGAAAAUGCCUCACGGGGAGGGGGGAGCGAGGUUGGCAAACAAAAGUAGAAGGUGCAUGAUAUUUGUGUAAAAAUACAGUAGACUGAAUUUGGCAAGGUCCUCGCCUUUCCAUGAAGGAGAUGCUGCACUACGAGUCUGCAAUUAUACAGAAAAAUAUAAAAUUAACCCUCUGCUGGUAAUCUCAUAAAAUGGUCUUGACCUUCAGUAUUCCAAUUUCCAUCUAAAUCCUAGAAGAAAUUUUUCUUUGAAUAUAUAAACCAGUAGUUGACAACCAUUAGUUGGCAUUGAAUAAUGUCUUUCUGUGUUUCUGAAUCAGAAGCAAAUGAUUAAAGGGAAAUGUAUGUCCAAACAAGACAAGAUUGGUUUUAGACAUAUAAGAACAUUUAGUCCACAUUGUCUUGUCAGCCAGCAAUUGUUAUGUAAAGUGUCAUUUUUAAGAGUGCCACUGUGUGGAUUUUUUUUCAAGUGGUUAUUACAUUAAAAUUGCCUCAUACUGAGGUUUUUGCACUGAAACUUUAUCACAGUUUCAGAUUUCAUGGUUAAUGUGUGUGUGUUUUUUUUUUAAAGAAAACUUGCAUUUUCAAUAGUUGAUCCUAAAUUUCAUAAACUGUACUUCUUUACUCUGGUAAAACUGAUGUUUUUGUGCAUAUUGUGAAUUGCUGUAGUUAACUUUGAAUGUCAGACUUUAUUUAGAAGCAUAAAAUUUAUCCUUUAAGACAUAAACAGUUGAGCAUAUGUACCCGAUAUUUCAGAUUAAAUUUCACAUGCUAAAUGAAUGAAAGGAACAAGAUUGUAAUUAACCCCAAAAAAGCCAGUCGGCUAAGUGCAGUAAAUAUUGAUUGCUCAGAUAUGCCAGAAGUAACUGGAAAUUCUAUAUUUACUUUCAAUAGCAUAAGAUUUCCUUAAUUAUCAUGAUUGACUCUCUUUGAAAUAAGCACUACAGGGUCAUGUCUUAAACUCCCCCAAAAGGAAAAAAGUGCUAUGUUCAGGAUUACACAGAAUUGUAUUUUGAUAAUACCUUUUUUGCCAUACUAUUUUGUCUUCUUUGAUUUGGCUAAAUGUAAUGUUAAGAGCAAAGAAAGCAAUGUUAUCAAAUGAAACUGCUUUGAAAGUAAAUGAAAACAGUGCUUUUGAGGGGCUAGUGUACUUAUGACCUUGGAGUUAGCCUUUGUGUUACAACUGAAAUGUUGGUGCUAUAAAUUCUUCUGAUUGUUUACAGAUGUUGACUCUGCUUAUGCUCCCAAGUGUGCAUGAUGUUAUUUUAAGUAGUACUUUAAAGAAAAAUCUCUUUAUAAAACCUACUACCACUUAGUAUAAAUUUGUUUGGAUUUAUAAGUAUUGUUUCUUACUGUAAAUUUAGCUUAUUCAAAUUAGGAUGGCACAAGAUUUAAAUCUAUAUAUAUUCCACCAAAGCCAAUUCAGUGUAUGUGUUGAAAUGUAAGCAGUCAUGUGGCUUGGUGCCAGGUUAUAUGUGGAAUGACAAGAGAAGUUAAUAGGACCUCCUAAUACUAUAUAGGUACUCUUCAGAAUGAUUUCAUUUGGAUAUAAAGACAUUAAGGGGCCUCCUGUCACACAGCAGGAUUCUCCAAAAUAAUUUAGUGUUUCAGAAGCAAAUGAUGGUCAUUUGGUUGUAUUCUUCAGGAUCAUGACUAGAUCAAGUAGUUUAUACAAUAGUUGCCAAGUUGGGGGAGGUGGCAUAACAGAAAAUGUAUGUUUGUGUUUGUAUUUUUUCACAUUUUGUGAACAAAGCACAUUUAUUAAAAAUUUUAAAUUUUCUAAUAUUCUUUGUUUAUUAUUUAUAAAAAAGUGUUGUGGUCCUUGACUUAAGUAUUUCAUUAAGUGAUUUCACAAUUGGCAAACAGUUUAGAACUUGAAUGCAUUUUAGAAUUUCCCAACUGGGUUUCAUCUAGUCAAAUUCUUUAAUUUUUUAAAUGUAUUCACUGGAGGCCCAGAGAGGUCAGGUGACUUCUCAUUGUCAUGUAUUGUCAUGCUUUUUAUGGCAGAACCAGGCCCACAGCAUAAACUCUAAUUUAUUGUAUAUCAACCAUUUCAUACUCUUAUUUCCUUGGAAAGUUCAUUUUGUCAGAGAUAAUUUAGUAAGUAUGUCAGUCCUUUUAGGACAGCAAAUGGCUUUCUCAUGAUGGGAAAGAGUUUCUUCAUACAUUGAACAAACAUGCAAACUCUACCAUGUGCAUUGUGCUGGGGAAACAGCAGGGAUCAGGGUGGUCACAGGUCCCUGUUUUGAUCAAGCUUGUGAUCUAAUGGAGAAGACAAUCUAUAUGUAUUUAAUAUCUGCCUUUAGGGAUUAUUGCCUACUGAUUUACAGCUUUGCCCUGCUUAAAUCCCAUGUUUCCCAAAAACAGGACAGAAGGCAAAAAAGUUUAAACACACACAUACACACAAAACUGUUCAGCAUAUUAUAAACACAUUGUGGAUCAAAACUAAACCCAUUGCCAUCAAGUCAGUUCUGACUCAGUGACCCUCAUAGGGCAGAGUAGGACUGCCCUAUAGGCUCUCUAAGGAGCGACUGGUGGAUUUGAACUGCUGACCUUUUGGUUAACAGCUGAAUGCCUAACCACUGCACCACCGAGGCACCAUAUUGUGGAUAAGAGGGAUUUAUUGUUCAUCCUUCUUAAAAAAAAAAGCAUGCUAAAUAUAAAUUCUUUGGUUAUAAAAGACGGCAAAAAAAGGGGGGGAGGGGAAUCAAGCUUUUGCUCCAUUUGUCCGUAGUUUUUUUUGAGCAGUAGUGCUGGAAUGGAAUACAAACACAGCCUUGGCCAGUGUUAAUUUUUUAUCAGUCAUGUUCUCUAACACAUCUCUAUUUAAAUGAGUUUGCAGACACAGGCUAAAAUAUGAAGGAAAGAUUUAAAAAAAAAAAAAAAAAGCAAAAAUCAUUUGUUUCCAAAUUGCCAUAAGCCAUUUCACUAGGAAUCUAAGAUAACAUUUUUCCCAAAGCCAACACAGAUUAAAGAUUUCUUAGAAAUAAGGAAAUUUCUGAAAAGAAGAGAGGAGUUUCAGAGUGAUGCAGAGUUAACACGCUCAGCUGCUAACCAAAAGACAAGAGGUUUGAAUCCACCGAGGGGCACCUCAGAAUAGAAGCCUGGCAGUCCACUUCCGAAAAGUCAGCUGACACACAUACAGUUACCAUGAAUCAGAAUCAACUCGAUGACAACUGGUUUAGGCAGGCCAAAUCCCUGGAGCCUGUGUGCAAGAAGAAACAUGCUUGGGAAACAGACUUCAGACAGUAAGUGGCCCUAACUAAAAGGAGCUUUAUGUUCUCCAACCCCACUGAAGCAUUAGCAGAGAUUAAAGUAUCAGACUGCAGGUUACCAUGGAAACAGAAUAGGGCCCUGGGAUUUGAAAGUAAGAAGAUACAUCAUUUUGAUACAGAGGAAAGGAUAGUCUGAAGCUUGUGUAACCCAAAGUAUUAUCAAAGUAAGGGACUCUGUUAGCUUGGCGAACUGAGCCAGUUAGAAUAAGGAAGUACAGAAUGGGAGUUAGGAUGGCACAAACCAUCUCUUUAGUUUUGUUUGUGGCUGACACCCUUUAGAUACAUACUCAACUGCUAUUAUCAAUUUUAUACAAGUGUUUUAUAAUGAACAGAUGCAUUCCUCCCUAAAAUUUCUCAAGUGUAAAGAAGUAACAUUUUCAAUCAUUGGUACAGUGAUAGUAUUACAAAUAAAUACAGAUAGUAAUGCUUCUAUAAAUUUCACAUUCCACAAAAUGUGAAACAUGAAAUUCAGAAGUAAGCAAGCACAGAUCUUAUAAUCACUUUAGGUUGUUUAUUGUAUUAUUUAGGACUUACACUGGACUAGGAACUAUAAGAAAUAGAUGUCUGUCCUGCUCUUUAGAAACUGACAAUAUAGCUUAAGAAAAAAGUAUGUAAGCUUUAACACAAGGCAACAAAUUAAAAUUUCAACAUUGCAGAAUAAGAAUGAUACAUUUUGCUCUGCAGUGUAUGGUGGUAUCUACCAGUCAAAUCUGUUCACUUGACCUUUUUGGCACGCUAUCCUUAACCAAUCUAAAUGCAAUUUACUUAAAUAUGAGUGUCCCUCAUCAUUGACUUGGCAAAUGUAAAUGAUUGACCCUCCCUAUCCCUUCAAGCCAACCUACCAUUCUCUCCUUCCCCCUCUAUAUUAAGGUCCUAAAAAAAAAAAAACAAGCCUGGUCAUAUUUGCAUUUAGCUUGUCCCUCUGCCUAGAAUUUCUUCUUCUUUAUAUUUGCAUGGCUAGUUUCUUUUUUUUUCUUUCAGUUUUUAACUUAAAUAUCACCCCUUCAAAGGAGCCUUCCCAGCCCAUACAAUGCAGACUCUUUACAUCACCUUAGUUAAAAUCUCUGCAUAGCUCUAAACGUUGUGUGCCAGUCAAGUCAAUUCUGACUCAUAGUGAUGCUAUACAAUAGAGUUUUUUUUUUUUUCCCCCAUAGGGUUUCCUAGGCUGUAAUCUUUACGGGAGCAGAUAUCCAAGUCUUUUCUCUUGCGAAGCAGUUGGUGGAUUUGAGCCACUGACCUCUCAGUUAGCAGCCAAGCACUUAACCAUUGUGCACCCAGGGCUCCUUUAUAGCUCUAAUCACUUGACGUUUAUCUUUUUCCUUGUUUAUGCACACGGGCAAGGACCUUGUCCACCUUGUAUCUUCAGCUUAGAAAAAUGCCUGUAUGUGGCAGGUGAUUGAUAAAUAUUUUAAAAGAAUUUAUUUGUCUUAUAAAAUGGAACUGAGAUUAUGCGCCAAUUUCUUUAAGUCUCUGGAGGUGAUCUGAUGCUGUUUAUUAGUUUACUACUUAACAUAUUCUGAGCAGUUUAACCAGGCAGUGUUACAUUUUCAUAUCUUCUAUUUUUCUCCCCUGUGACUUCCCAGAAUGAGGUAAAAGAUACUCAGUUCACUACAAAAUCUACCCUGCGAGGUUUCAAUCAAAUCUACAAAACAAACCAUAACGCAAGAUUGUCUUGUCCCUUUAAAUACAAAUUUAUAGAACUAGGUAACCACUUCUACAGUAUGUUUAACUCAACUCUCAUUAAGCAUAGAGAUGGCUCCAUAAAUAUAAGGGAUUGCACUUAAUAUGAGUUAGGAGAAUCACAAUUUUACCUAAGAGUAGGAAUGGAUUAGAGAUAUUAUUGCAUUAUAUGAGAAGAAAACCCUUUAAAUGUAGUUUAAUUUCUAAAGUACUGACUUCUCUAGCCCUACAAAAGCAUACCUAAUAUUGCUUCUAUCACCUUCCAAGUUAUCCAAAUGCAGCCUUAUCCAUGCAGAGCACUUUUUCUAAAGCCACCAACUAAAGUUAUUUAUGGCACAGCAGAGAUCUUGUGCAUAACGACAAGUUUGGAGACUUAGUAUUACCUUUUGGCGUGACAACAGUCUACAAAAUUACAAUAGAAGCAACAGAAAAAAAAUUUUUUUUUUUUUUAAAUAGCAUUCAGCUCUAAAUAAAGUCCUUUCAAUAGUCAUGAUAACUUAUUAACAGGUAUCAUUACUAAGCAACUAUUAUAUAAAAAAAAAAAAUUAUUAUAUAAAAAAAAAAAUUAUAUACCAGGUACUAAUUAAGCACUUUGCAAAUCUGUCAGUUUUGUCCUUUCGACAAGGCUAUACAGUAAGUACGAUUACCAUGUUUUACCGCGGAGGAAAGUGAAACUUAGAAAGGUUAAGCAACUGCCUAAAGCUAGAGUUAGAAAAGUGGCUCAACCAAGAUUUGCCUCAGGCCUAACUGACUGGUUGUUAAGAUGCUGAUCUGAAAAGCAAGCAAAGGGGAAAAUUGAAAGAAGCCUGAAGAGGCUAAAUAGAUGUAUGUAAAAAUGAUAGUGGUUAACAUUAAUUGAAAACUUACUGUCAAAUUCUGUUCUAAAUGUAUAACUCACAAUUCUCACAAUAAUCUUACGAAUAAAUACUAUUAAUAUUUUCAUUUUACAGAUGGGGAAACAGCUAGUAAAUGGUACAACUGGAAUUCAAAUUCAGGCAGUCUAGCUCCAGAACUCUUUGCCUUAACCACUGCUCUUUACUGCUUCUCAUUAUAACAAAUAGCUAAAUUAAGAAGUAGAGCAGAGAGGAAAAUUACAGUGGAACUCUUAGAAGAUAUUUUUGAUAGUAUACAGAAAACAGAGAUAAAAGAUAUGAAGCUUCUCAAAAAUUAAAUUUAUACAUUAAAAUAUGAAAUGAUAGGGAACAUUUUUUAAAAUUAUCUAACAAAUUAGAGAAUCUUGAUUAAAUAGUCAACAUUCUGGAAACAUAUCAGUAACAAAAGUAAACCUAAGGAGGAGUAAAAUAUUGAAAGGCCAACGAGCAUAGGAGAAAUAUUUUAAUAACAAAUAGUUACCUCUCAAAAAAACUAAAGACCCACAUGCUUUAGGAUUGAAUUACUUCAAACUUAAAGAAAAAACUUACUUCCAUGCUAUAUAAUCUGUUGCAGAAAAUAGGAAAAAAGAAAAAAAUAGAAAGCUAUCCAAUUAAUUUUAUAAAAUGAAUAUACCAUUUAUACUAAAACUUAAAAAGAUAACACUAGAAAAGAAAAUCAUGCACAGAUCUCACUUAAAAAUAUAAAAAACAAAAUAUUUAAUUCAGCAGUUCAUUAAAAGGUCAGUGAGAAUUUAUUCCAGAAUUACAAAAACAGAUUAAUAAUGGUAGUUAAUAUGAUAGAUUAAUAUAUCAGCAGUCAAUGAGAAAAAAAACAUAUGAACAUCUCAAAAGGUCCUUAAAAAGAUUUGGUGGAAUUUAAAACCAAUUUCUGAAAUAUAACACAAUGAAAAAGCUAUCACAGUUAAUUAAGAAUUAACAGAUCUUUUCCUUAAAUAUUCUCUUUUAAAUGACCAUCAAGAUUAUAUUUAAUGGUGAAAAUACAAGAAGUUUUUUCUAUUAAAGUGUACAAGAAUGCCUACAUUCACAAUUUCUUUAAAGUUGGGCCAAAAUUUUUAAAUUGUGCUUUAAAAUAUGAUUCAAAAAUAAAAUAUGAUUCAGGAGUAAGAAAUAUAACAAAUGGAACCAUAAUUAUUUUUUGGAAAAUGUUAUUAAACAUAAUAUUUAAAAAAUAAUUUGGUGAGAUAGCCAAAUAUUAAAUGUAACAAUAUGUUUUUAUAAAGUAUCAAUUUAAAAAUAUGCAAAAUUUCAAUAUAAAUAUAACGCAAAAAUCCCCGCCUCCUAUGUUGUAUCCAGAGAAAUAAUAGAAAAUACAUUUAAAAUAAUUUAAUAUGAAUCUAGACACAUCGAAUAUUAGAGAGGAAUUCUCAAUGGAUCAGAAAAAUGUAGACUCCUUAAAAAGAGAAAGCAAGGGAAAACUAUACCAAUAAGCCAGAUCUGCAAGAGACCAAGCAAGAAGGCACCAGGAUCACAAUGGGAAGCUACUGUAGAAAACCAAGAAAUUUCUAAAACUUGAAGAAGGUCAACACCAGGAAAGAGAGAAAGGAUAAAUUCAACAAAUUAGACAACUUUAUAGCUGAUGAAAUAGAAUAAAAUGAGCAUUAAAGAAUGAUACUUGAACAUUUAUUUUUAAUAUCCUCAAAAGAUGAAGGAAAUGCCAUAAAAUGAGAAAAACAAAAUUAUAAAAGUGUAACAGGGAGGCGGGGCCAAGAUGGCAGAAUAACCAGAUGCUUCCAGUGAUCUCUCUCACAACAAGCUCUGGAAAAACAAGUGAAACGAUUAUAUUUAUGACAAGCUAGGAGCCCUGAACAUCAAAGGCAAAGUUAGAAAAUGGACUGAGCAGCAAGGGGAGGAAGAGACGGUUCAGAAGCAGAGAGGAGUUACCGGACCUGAAUCACCGGGAUCCCUCAGGGACCAUUCCUGGGAGCAGUUGCAGUGGGCUGAGAGUAGCAUUUGGCCGCAGUUUCCUCAGGGAGAAGCAGCCAGCCACACAACUUACUCAAACUCUGGAAACAGAGAAGAAAAGCACUCCUGGCAAAAGCUAAGUACUUGCGUAUGUUUUACUGCGCCCCCGGGCCCUGGAGAAGGGAUAAAUUCACAAUUAGGGGGAAAAGAUAAUUUGCCAACUCCACCAACCUGGGGAGCUCCAGACAAGAGCAGCUCCUGUCCAGACAUAAACGGUCCAUGGACGUUGAAUACCUUUCCCCCCUGCAUGGACCUGUGUGGACCUAUUUCAGGAGAAUAGGCCCUUGUUGGCAGGCUGCAACUGUUUCAGCUGUGCAGUGGAGAGGUGGCUGUUUGAUGAUUGACACCACUUUGCCUACUGAACAGGGUCCUCACCUACCCACAUCAGGGGCCUAAGGACUGGUGGCUUCACUCAGGUCACACAGCCACCUGUGACGGAGGCCAAGGAUAACUGGUACCUCCCAGCACUUACAACCAAAGCGUUGGGUGCCCAUGGUCUGUCUGCAGAACACAUCCACCUGUAUGCUCUAGGGAAGAGGGACACACUUUCCUCAGAGUCACUUGCGGGAUGAUUCUCAGCCCCCUGCCUUGUUCAGAGCAUGACCCCCUGCUGCAAUCAGUACCUACACCAAUCACCCCAGCUCCUCUAAGACUGUAGGACAAAGCCUGUGCCACACACUUGAUGACCAGCUACCUGGACACCUGAGCUGAAUCCAUACAAGAAAAAUGAAUGGACUCCAAGACUGAUAUACGAGAUAACAGCUCUAACCAUCUCGUGACAGGACGUCAGAGCUUUGAAGGUGAAAAUAAUCAAGCUAGGUCACUCAAGCAACCCAUUUGAGCAUAUCAAAAUAAAACAAAACAAGAAGUUAUGACACAGUAAGGAAACAUAAAAUAAACUAAUACAAUAAGUUAUGCAUGGCUCAGAGACAAUAGUCAAUAUCAAGUCACAUAAAGAAACAGACCAUGAUCACCUCCUCAAGCUCUCAAAACAAAGAAUCAAGGGAUCUUCUAGACGAAAGUGCAUCCCUGGAAAUACCAGAGGUGAAAUACAAAAGAUUAAUAUACAGAACCCUUCAAGACAUCAGGAAGGAAAUCAGGCAAUAUGCAGAACAAGCCAAUGAACACAGAGAUAAAGCAGUUGAAGAAAUUAAAAAGAGUAUUCAGGAACAUAAUGAAAAAUUUAUUAAGCUGGAAAAAUCCAUAGACAGCAACCAGAAACUCAUAAGAUUAACAACAAAAUUACAGAAGUAGAAAACCCAAUAAAAAGUCAGAGGAGCAGAACUGAGCAAGUGGAAGGCAGAAUUGGUGAGCUCGUGGAUAAAGAACUUGGCACCAAUAUAUCUGAAGAAAAAUCAGAUAAAAGAAUUUUUUUUUAAUGAAGAAACGUGGGAUUCUAUCAAGAGAAUUAACCUACGAGUGAUUGGAGUAUCAGAACAGGGAGGGAUAACAGAAAAUACAGAGAGAAUUGUUGAAGAUUUGUUGGCAGAAAACUUCCCUGUUAUUGUGACAGAUGAGAGGAUAUCUACCCAAUAUGCUCAUAGAACUCCACAUAAGGUAGAUUUUUUUAAAAAGUCACCAAGACAUAUUAUAGUCAAAUGUGCCAAAACCAAAGAUAAAGAGAAAAUUUUAAGAGCAGCUAAGGAUAAACAAAUAAUCACCUGCAAAGGAGAGUCAAUAAGAACAAGCUCGGACUAAUUGGCAGAAACUAUGCAGGCAAGAAGGCAAUGGGAUGACUUAUAUAAAGCAUUGAAGGAAAAAAAUUGCCAGCCAAAAAUUACAUAUCCAGCAAAACUGUCUCUCAAAUAUGAAGGUGAAAUUAGGAUAUUUCCAGAUAAACAGAAUUUUAGAGAAUUCAUAAAAACCAAAUAAAAAGUAUAAGAAAUACUAAAAGGAGUUCUUUGGUUAGAAAAUCAAUAAUAUCAGGUAUCAACCCAAGACUAGAACACUGGACAGAGCAAUCAGAGGUCAACCCAGACAAGGAAAUCACAAAAAUGAAUCAAGAUAAAAAAAACACUUAAAACAGGAAAACAGUGAUGUUAUUACGUAAAAGAAGACAACAUUAAAACAAUAAAGAAGACUAAGAAAUGUAGUCAUAAAUCUUUCAAGUGGAGAGGAAGUUAAGUUUAAACUUAGAAAAAUAGGGGUAAGUAUUAAGAUAACCACAAAGGAGACUAACAGUCCUAUUCAUCAAACAAGACCCCGGAAAAAAAUAGAGAUUCAGCAGAAACAAAAUCAACAACAAAUAAGAGGAAAAGACAAUAUAUAAAGAUGAACUACUCAGCACAAAAAAUUAAGCAGGAAAAAGAAACUGUCAACAACACACAAAAAAUGACAUCAAAAUGACAGCACUAAACACAUCCCUGUCCAUAAUUACGUGGAAUGUGAAUGGACUAAAUGCACCAAUAAAGAGACAGAGAGUGGCAGAAUGGAUUAAAAAAAAAAAAAAAACACGGUCUGUCUAUAUGCUGCCUACAAGACACACACCUUAGACUUAGAGACACAAACAAACUAAAACUCAUAGGAUGGAAAAAAAUAUAUCAAGCAAACAACAAUCAAAAAAGAGCAGGAGUGGCAAUAAUAAUUCCUGACAAAAUAGACUUAAAAGUUAUAUCCACCAUAAAGGGUAAGGAAGGACACUAUAUAAUGAUUAAAGAGACAAUAUACCGGGGGAUAUAACCAUAUUAAAUGUUUAUGCUCCCAAUAACAGGGCUGCAAGGUCCAUAAAACAAACUCUAAAACCAUUGGAAAGUGAGACAGACAGCUCCACAAUAAUGGUAGGAGACUUCAACACAUCACUUUUGGUGAAGGACAGGAUAUCCAGAAAGAAGCUCAAUAAAGACAUGGAAGCUCUAAAUGCCACAAUCAACCAACUUGACCUCAUAGACAUAUACAGAACACUCCACCCAACAGCAGCCAAGUAUACUUUCUUUUCUAGUGCACAUGGAACAUUCUCUAGAAUAACCACAUAUUAGGUCAUAAAGCAAGCCUUAACAGAAUCCAAUACAUCGAACUAUUACAAAGCAACUUCUCUGACCAUAAGGCCAUAAAAGAGGAAAUCAAUAACAGAAGAAGCAGGGAAAAGGAAUCAAACACUUGGAAAAUGAGCAAUACCCUGAUCAUAAAAGACUGGGUUAUAGAAAACAUUAAGGAUGGAAUAAAGAAAUUCAUAGAAUCCAAUGACAAUGAAAACACUUCCUAUCAGAACCUUAGGAACAGAGCGAAAGCAGUGCUCAGAGGUCAAUUAUAUCAAUAAAUGCACACAUACAAAAGGACGAAAGGGCCGAAAUCAAAGAAUUACCCCUACAACUUGAACAAAUAGGAAGAGAGCAACAAAAGAAACCCUCAGGCACCAGAAGAAAGCAAAUAAUAAAAAUUAGAGCAGAAUUAAAUGAAAUAGAAAACAGAAAAACAAUUGAAAGAAUUAACAAAACCAAAAGCUUGUUCUUUGAAAAAAUGGAUAAAAUUGAAAAACCAUUGGCCAAACUUACAGGAGAAAAACAGGAAGGAAGCAAAUAAACUAAAUAAGAAAUGACAUGGACGAUAUUAAAACAGAUCCAACCAAAAUUAAAAGAGUCAUAUCAAAUUACUAUGAAAAAUUGUACUUGAUCAAAUUUGAAAACCUAGAAGAAAUGGAUGAAUUCCUGGAAACACACUACCUACCUAAACUAACACAAACAGAGGUAGAACAACUAAAUAGACCCAUAACAAAAGAAGAGAUUGAAAAGGUAAUCAAAAAACUCCCAACAAAAAAAAAAGCCC